CUGGUUUACAGCAUGCAACACCUGAGAAUUUGCGCGAUGCAUUUCUUCAUUUAGACAAAAUCCUCCUCUCCGACUGGAAGACGCAGCACACUGGGUCGACAGGUAUUGUUGCGUUAAUAGAAGAAAUAGAAGAGCCUCAAGAAUUUUUAGUAAUGGGUAGAGAAGUGCUGUCUUCACCGUCUUCUUCGUCUCUCUUCGACGCUUUAGAACCUCAAGACAGAGUCGGCGUUGCGAGACCGUCUCCUCAGCUUACUCGUUUAGGAGGAAGUGAGAAACCUGCAUUUCUUAUCACCAUCGCUAACGUCGGGGAUUCUCGAGGGACGUUGUUUCACAGCGACGGCGGUUUCUCAAUACUAUCUCGCGAUCACAAGCCGACAAACAAAGAAGAACUAGAGAGAAUAAAGAGGGCCGGAGGCUUCGUGACAGUGUCUCCUUCGUCGGUACCCAGGGUAGAUGGAAUACUAGCUCUUUCAAGAGCAUUUGGAGACGGACUGUUUAAAGACAAUCGAGAGCUGGGGCCGACAGAGCAGCGAGUUGUUGCAGUACCUGAUGUUCAUACUUUCUUUGCUUUUCCUGGGGACGUUUUAAUGCUUGCAUGCGAUGGUGUAUACGAGCCAGAGGCAAUGAACUGGGUGUUCGUUUCUCACUUCAUGAUGACGCUGUUGUUCGAGCUACAAAAUGAUUUAACAGAGGCCUCCGUCAAACUUUUAGAGCAGGCUUAUCAGUCCUUCUCUGGAGAUAAUAUCUCUGUCUUACUUACAAGGUUUGAAAAGGGGGAGAACAAGGAAAGGCUAUUCAGGCGUUUUGAAGUUACCCCCGAAGGUCAUGUAGUGUCAGAAGGCGGUGCUUCGGGCGACUUUGCUGCUUCUGCUGGAGAGCAGAGCAGCAUAGAUGCUUUUAAAGGACCAUUACUACAAGCAGGAAGCGAACCGAUUACUUUAUAA